GACUAAUUUCCGAUCUAUUUUGUUCUUCAGAUUUCUAAUAUCCUUUUAUUGUUCCCCACAAUUCUUCAUCUUCUUUCUUGCGGUUUUGAUCUUUUGAUUGCGCGCGGUCGAGGUCGAACCUGAAUUAACAAUGGGAUUCUUGGUGACGUCCCUGAUUUUCGCUGUGAUUGGAGUCAUCGCAUGUUUUUGCUCUCUAAUUUGCUGUAACAGAGGAGCUUCGACUAAUUUGUUUCACCUUACUUUGAUAACUACUGCAACAAUAUGCUGCUGGAUGAUGUGGGCAAUUGUAUAUCUUGCACAAAUGAAGCCACUCAUUGUUCCAAUUCUGAAUGACUCGGAGUGAAGUUUAUUUGGGGUUGCAGCUGAUCAACCCUAAGAUAUGUUCUAUUUUUGAGAUUCAAUGUAUCUAUGCGUUUCAUUUCCUGGUUGAAUCUGUGCAAUCCAUAAAUUGAAGAUGACCUUCGAUUGGGUUCUGUAUUUUUUCUGUUUCCUGAGUGUUGGUUUAUUUACUUUCCGUCAAAUUUUUGAAAAAUGGACUGUUGUUAUUCGCAGCUAUUUAAUACAGAUAUGUUCUUGUGAAAUAGAUACGUUUUGUGGUUGGAGCUGUUUGUUUCAUCAAUAAAAUCAUUGUUCCAUGUU